UCACACCUUGCUAUAAUAUAAAAUUACUAAAGCAAGUCAGGGGGAUGAUUUAUAUUUAAUUCAGCGUGUUUGAGACAGUUAUUCCGCCACACGCUAGAUGAUGCUGCAGCCCAGUUUGAUGAGGGGGAAAAAAAAACGAGCUUCUUGCAGGAAAACGCAGGAGAUGAAACACGAUCCAACAAUCACCCCGUUGUUGUCCAAGCUGUUUGUUAUAUUAUAUAAUGUUUGACCGCGUCUUCGAGACUUUCAGCACAUGCAUGUCUGCUUAAUGAGAAUGAACGCGAUGGGUCAAAGGAUGAAGUCCUCUUCCCUCCCACUCUGAUUGUAGACAGCACCAUGCUGGAUAAAACCAGUGACAAAGGCCAACAAACUGGGCGCUGCUCAGAUUGUGGAUGCGCUUUCAGCCUCCCACAGCCAGACUCUGACCCAGAUUCAGCCAACACUUCAACCUCUCCCCAACAGCAGCUUGUGCAAAAUGCAGACAGUCCUUCCAAAUGUCCAUCCUGUGAAGCUGGCAGUAGCCUCCCUAACGGUCGACGCCCGCACCGCCGCAUCCGCCUGGACCCUCACAGCUGCAGCCUGUGCACCAAAACCUUCAUUUCUUCCUCCCACUUGGCACUUCACCUCGCCUCUCAUAACAAGGAGAGGAAGUUCAGAUGCAACACCUGUGGCAAGUACUUCCAUCAGUCGUCCCACCUGAUGGCACACAAGAUAAUCCACAGUGGGGACAGGCCGUUUAAAUGCCCAGAGUGUGGCAAGACCUUCGGCCGUGCCUCACAUCUGAAGACCCACCGUCGGCUCCACACAGGAGAGAAGCCCUUCAAGUGCACCUACUGCGACAAGUCGUUCACACAGAAAGCCGGGCUCCUGGCACAUGUUCGUCUGCACACAGGGGAGCAGCCGUACAAGUGUGAGCAGUGUGGUGAGGGUUUUCGCUCUUUAUCACUCCUGCUCUCUCACAAAGCUCAAGAGUCGUCCGGGCAGGCUAAACCAGUGCCACUACCAGCACCAGCAGUCAGCCAGCCCCAGAAGACACAAAGUAGCACAGAGGAUCUCAAGUGUGGUGUCUGCUGCCGCACCUUUGUACGAUCAUCCUACAUCAGGCUGCACAUACGCCUCAACAAAGGACAGCGGCCUUAUCACUGCAAAGUGUGCAACAAGACCUUUGUCAAGCUGGAUACGUUUGUCAAUCACUGUGAUAAACACUUGAGGCAGAAAAGGGAUAAAAACAAGAUGGUUAAAGACAAAGUUGUCAAACCUCCCCUGUUUGUCCCACUCUCCAGACCUCCAUCUCCUGAAUCCCUACCCACUCCACCUCUACCCUCAGAGGUCAAUACACGCUCCAGAGCAAAAGCGAAAAGUAAAACGGAGCCAUGACCAAGAGGAGUGCCUCCACCCACUGACACAAAA